AUGAGUAAGAAUGGGUCCCUCGCUGUCGCAACAGGCUACCGGUCUGUCGCCCGCCGUUUAUUGGAUCGUCUCGAAGCAGUGUUCGCGCGCGACAUCUCAUCCGAGCCAUGUGGCUGCCAGAUAUGUGACCAAGCGGAGACAGAUGAUCGACCGGAUGGAGUGAGCUGGGGCGAGGUUUUGGAGCUCGUGUCUGGUCGUAGGGAACUUCCCAUGUGGCCUCCCUUCACAAUGGCACCAACCACCGUGGAUACGGGUGCGCCAGGCGAUGAGCAUAUUCCAAUGCAGAAGCUUGACGUUGACGUUCCUGAAGAAUACCGCGAACACUUCAUUCGGCAAUCUCGAAAGACGAAGGUCGCUGUGGACAAAUGGCUUUACGAGCAAAAUGAUCCAGGCACCAGCGCUCCUAACGAGGUUGACGAUGAGACAUUGACCUUCGCCAUGCUCACGCAUCUUGAACCCCACCAGCGCUCAUUGUUCUGCUCUUUGCUUGGCAUCAAUUCUUCUACUCCUGUCCCGCGAUCUGACGACGAAAAGCCCCGGCUGAAACCCUCAGCGCUUGUCUCGUCGGCCUCUGCAAUCCAGCGUCUUUACCGACUAUCCUCCCUCCCUCGCGACCCAGAAACUGCUAUGUACAUGCUGAAUAACCCUACCCUCCACCAUGUCCUCGCCACGCUUUCCGCUAUCAGUGAUGACGAGUGGGAGAUCCUCAUCUCCGGUCGCUUCGACGGAUUCCUCCGCAGUGGCGCAGAAGACACAGGUCCCACCGCCAAUGCCGCCGGGGCUCGAUGGAACGGCAGUCGCUCCAACACGCCCUUGGGCGGCGGUAUCUCUCGAGGACCGACGCCCAAUUACAUGGAUGGCAGCUUCCGACCCUCAAGCCAAGUCAACGGCGCACCUCCAUCCCCCGCCUCAUUCGGCGGCCCGAUCGCCCUCGACGAAGAAACUGAAAUUGCCGCGUUAGCAGAAGUCGAGCGCGACAUUUUCCUCGGAAUGGAAGCCCUCGAAGAUGCCUUCGAAGCCCUCCACUGCAAGGCCGAAGCCGUGCGACGCGCACUACGCGAACGUGGUGCCGGCCUCUCGGUAGCAAACCAAAGCCGCCGGGGCUCGUUCGUCGAAGCGCGUCUGGGAACGCCUUUCUCAGGCGUCGGUACAUGGGAAAGCGGCGAAGAUGACUUCCUCGACGAUGAUCGCUCUCUUGCGCCCGAUGACUCGGCCAGUAACAUCAGCUCGAACCGCCGUCGUCGGCCUAAGAGACGCACUGAGCGACGCACACCUGCGCCUGUCGAGGAAGAAGACGAAGAAGAUGAUGGUCUUGGUCGUCGUGAUACGCGAAACUCGAGGCGGAGAUAG